CUCUCCCUGGCGGUCGUCAACCUCAAGCCGCUCUCGCCGGGUCACGUGCUGGUCAUCCCUCGGAGAGUGGUGGCCACGCUGGCGCAGCUCAACGCCGACGAGCUCGCCGACCUGUGGCGCAGCGCGAGGGAGGUACACGCGCUGGUCUGCGGCGUGCACGGCGCCGGAGCGGCCCUCUUUGGAGUGCAGGACGGGCGCGGCGCGGGACAGUCGGUGCCGCACGCACACAUCCACAUUAUCCCACGCUGA